UGUUUUGGCGGGUGUUGAACCGUUAUACGGUUAGUGUGUUUGGCGGUGUGUUUUUGCCGGCUAGGUUGAAGAAAUGUGUUAAUGUCCAUGUGUUCCAGCCAGUUUCGAACAAAACAUGAAUGAAGGAAAGAAAAUCUGUUCUAGAAGAAUAUUGUCAGCAGUUACGUGGACUAUAAUAUUUGAGAUAUUGUUAGCAUGUGCUUUCCUCGCUGUGAUUCACUUCGAUUUGUGGAGCCCCUUGACAUGGAUGAUGGAUGCUGUAACUGUGCUAGUUUCACCAAAAACCUGGGUAUUUUUUAUUCCAGUGAUGACAUGUACGGUUUCAUUUGUAUACCUUUAUGGCUCAGAGUUUGCAAACGUAACUCCUUAUACUCCAAACAGAAUAUCGUGCAUUCAGCGCACACUCACCUUACAUAAUGGUUGUUUGGCACUGUCACUUUUACUGCUUAGUACGUUUUCAUCGUUUUUUUAUUUAUCGGUAAUUAACGAGAGGUCCCCCAGUACAACAGGAACUGGUGGAAGCUCUGUGGUCGAAGAAAAUCUAUACCUCAUUGUUGGUAGCGUGUUUGUGGGGGUAUAUAUUUUCUUAACAGAAUGUAUAUUACAAGCGAAUGCUCUACAAUAUCCAGUUGUGCAACAGUUGAGGUUAAUUCAAAUCAAAGAAGAAUUUCUCAAUCUAUUGAAACAGUCCAUAAUCAGAAGUAUCUCACCAGUUGUAAUGUUUGCCGUUUUGUAUUUCAUCUUUGGCAGUGCUUUAAGAAAUUGUAUAUCCAACCUCUUCUCUUUGAAAAUUGCAGGAAAUGAAUCUUUUAACGUCAUGGUUGUAUUUUACUUUUAUGGACUGACAUUCUUUUAUGUUUUUGCUGUCACAGCAGGCAAAUAUUUGUUAAACUUGCAUCUUACUGAAAGAUGUGUGUUUCCAAUUGUAAUAAAUGAGAGCAACACAGACAAAAUUAAACUUGCAGACGCCAUGGCUCUGCAACAGUUACCAUUAAUACAAAAUUUGGCAUAUUUAGACCUCAAGUUAUUAGCAGAGAAAGACUUGUUACGUCGACAGCAAUUAUAUAUUUUAAGUCAACCUGGUGGUCAUCCAUACAACUGGAAUGGGGUUAUUUCAGAAUGCAUAAAGCUAAUUAAAUCAUACACAGAAUUUAUCAAUUUAGCUUGUAUGGAAAUGUCAGGAGAAAAAUGUGGUGGAGGAGUAUCUUCACAAAAGAGAGAGACUCCACAGCCAACAUUACCUAAAGCUAACAGUGUGUCCAUGCGAAACUUAUCUUUAGUGUCAUUAAAUGAGUCUGUUCAAGAAUCCGUGUCUCCACUUGGUAGUAAUAUUUCUUUUUCUGAUGCAAUAAAGUCAUACUGGACUCAAAUUGUAGAUUACAUAUGCAAAAAUACUGUGGUUUCAUAUCUUUGUGGGGUUGUCCCAGAUUCAAGACUUCACUGGACCUUAUCUCAAGCGUACCCUGUUAUUUGGGCAGCUCAGGGACUAGCUUUUAUUACAACAGCAUCCUUCAAAGAGGAUGAUUAUGGUAUUUCUCUCAGAGACCUUCCUAAUAUAAUAAUCUCUCUUGUUAAUCUAAAUAGGGCUGUAAUAAAAAUACCAAAGUUUGUUGUGCAGAAAAAGGCUAGGUACCUGGAAGCAAGAAGCAACAGAAUGAAACAAGCACUCAAAAGUGCAUUAGAACGCGGUCUCUUCAAGCUAAUUAUUACUUAUGACAUUUAUUUGAGGGAGAUAAAGCUGCCAGUUGAUAUCUUCCAAGAGCUGCAGAAUUUUAGGAAUCAGUUAGAAGGUUAAAUAAUGCAAAGUACUUGCCACACAAGCUUUUUCUUGAAAGUGUGUUUUUGUGAGCUUUACAUCAAGAAAAUUUUGCUCAAAGUGAAAUUAAGUCUGAAUACAAUUUAUUGAACAUCUAAAUGUUGUCUCUUUCCAAUAUGUUAUGUAUCUUUUUACUUAUGAUGUUGAAUGUGUGUGUUUGUAGUGAUCAAAUACUAUAACUAUUUUGUAUGUUUUAUAAGGUUGUUGUUGCAAUUUGAAAUAAAAUGUGAUUUUUUUCCCUUAUAGUGUUGGUUAUGAUACUGUUUAUAAAACUAAUGAAAAUUGCA